ACGCGCACGGCUCGCGCAACAGUCCCGCGCACAAUCUGGAGACUCCGAGGCGGCACGGGCGUCGCACUACAUUCGUGCGAGAGUGCGCGCGUCUCGCCAACGCGAAACUUGUCGCGCUCUGAUGGUCAGGUGGACUUGAAGAGCCGGAGGGGGCCGAUGGACCCCGCCACGCGGAAUCAUCGUGGGCUUCUGUCAACCACGACACGAUUCUACAGAGGAGGCGACAGCGACUGCGAGAAGACGUGCGGGAGUGCGGCUAGGGUGUGACUACAGCGACCGAGAUUUCAUUUUCUGUUUUCAAUUCUGAUUCUGAUUUCCGUAACCAGUGUUCGCAGCGGGCAUUAGUUGCUUUUACGUAGUUUUUUGCUCGCAUGUGCCGCGUACAUCGCUGGAGGAAGAGGAGUCGGGUUGUGACGCAUCGCAUCGUGCUGUACCAAGAAAUUUGUUGGUGUUGGCUGGACUCACCGGGCGACCAUGAUUCUCCGUGCGACGUCGACACCCUGCUCGCGCUUCGGCGACGCUUGAGUACUCGAAGCGCUGUGCCUGUCUUCGAUUUGCUCUGGCCUGAACUUCCGCACGAGGCGGUACCAAACCGGAUGUGAAAAUGGAAGAGGAGGAGGAGCAGCGCGGGCAGGACGAAAAACCAGAGGAGGCUGACCUGGCGCGCGAGGCCUCGACCGAACCGUCGACGGGCGAUCCGGCGGCCAGCGACGGCGUCCCCGAUGGCUCCCCUCGUGCUUGUGGCUCGCGCUGGUCGCCGGCUCGGCUGGUGGGCGAGGCGAGCGCCAUCUGGAGCAACAUGGCUCGCUUCCGACCCGCCUUCCUGGGCGGCCGGGACGACAACCUGCCCGACCACCUGGGGCCCGUCAAGCAGCUGUUUUGCCGCACGGGACACAACCUGGCCGUCUUCCCCGCCGGCACGGUGUACGGCACGCGGGAGGCGUACAACCGAUACGAAGAAGCGGCAGAAGGCGUCCAACUAGAGGAACGGGGCGAAGCCGGCGAUGUCGACGAAGACACGGAGCCCACCGGCGUUGUCCAGGGUACACAGGAGCACUUCGCUGAAAACGCGAUUCUGGAGCUUCUGUCGCACGACAUCGGGCAAGUGCGGAUCCGCGGCGUCGAGACCGGACUGUUCGUCUGCAUGGACGCCGAAGGCAGAGUAUACGCCAAGAAGAACCGGAUGGACGAAGAGGGCAUCUUCUACGAGAUGUACGAGAGCGGCUACAACCUCUACCUGAGCAAGCUGAACAAGGACAAAGGCUGGUACCUGGGCAUCAAGAAGUCGGGCGUGCCCAAGCCGGGACCACGCACGGCGCGCGGGCAGAAGGCCGUCCAGUUCCUCCCCAGGGCUGCCAAGCCGCGCUCCUAGUCUUCUGCUCCAGCAGUGAUGACUCUUCGACGACAGCCAGCGAUGCUUAUACACCAACGUCGAAGGAGCCAGGAAACGGUUAACGAGACAUCUGGCACCAGGCACGCCACCACGUGGUCGGCGUUCGUAUAUGGCGCCUGCAUGCGUGCGACGCGCAUGGGUCUGUCAGCGUCCAAAGUGAGGAGGUGGGCUUCCACAGACGAAACUGAACGCAGAAGAGGUGCUGGAGACGAAAGGCAACCGCGGUUGACCGAGCUCACUUAGGGGCUCCUCUUGCAGUAUUCCAGAGACCAAGAGCCUGAACUGCCUCCCGAGUUUUUACACAGAGCGACUUGUCUUAACCGCUCAGAGGUUGGUCGAAGCUUUGCGCUUUCACCUUCAGAGCAGCUAAAUAUGCAACAAGGUGUGAAAGAAAGACAGGCAGGCGCAUCCUGGAAAAAAAAAUGUGGAGCGAAUACAAGCAGGGACACAUUUUCUGCUCUCCAUAGGAAGCGACUUUCCAGCAUCCUCAGGGAAAUAUUAUUGCCUGCCUCACUCGCAGUUUCCUCCAUACUAGAGAUUGACAGACAAUCACGAAACAGUGGCAGAUAUGGCUGUCACUGCCCAAAAUGGAAAUAUCCUGUUCCUAAAUGAUAUUACGUUAGGAGCGCACCUACAGAGAAAGAAAAAUAGAAUUGGGAAGUACUUGGAGGGUUGAAAAGAGCUGGAAAAAAUAUGCGAAUGAUUCAGAAAGAAAAGAAGAAAACAAGGUGCCACUACCGUCAUUCUGGCCUAGAACAGGCUAAAAUAACACCAGUCGUUUGACGUAGACAUUUCGAAGAGAAAUCUUCUCUUUCUUCACCAAAAAGAGGACAAACCAGAUGCCUUUAUUAGGUUAUCUUAUUAGCUUAAGCUAACGUAUAGUACAACCUGCCUGCCAGUUUUCACUUUAGGUCGCUUCUCGAUGUCUUCUACAGAAACGGAUUUGAGUUUUUGCGGUGCAGACGGUCCUUCAAAAAGAUGGUGGCACAUACUGGCGAUGAAUUCUUGGCAAGGCGAAAGUCAUAUUAAGAAGGGAUGAAAAAGUGUCAUUUUCACGCAAGAGAGAAAAAAGUAAUCGAGAUGACGAAGAUGGUCGCCUUCGUCUUUCAUACUCUUCUGCGUUCGGUUUCAAAGAUCAGAGUGUCCAGUUUUGCCCACGCGCCCGAACAGCUAAUUUUGACGUCAGAACUACAUGAAUGCUCUAUUUCAUCGGCCAUAUUUGGUGUUGUGAAAGGCUUCGUAUCAGUAGUGGUUGUGCCGCAGCUAGCACUGCAGCCUCCGUUGUCACUUGAAAGGGAUAACUUUUUUACAAACGUUUUUCAGAACGGUAAUAGACACAGUACUCGCUGGGUACUAUAGUACUGUGCGCAGUAGAUACGUGCAAAUGGGUUCUGAAGAUACUUCAACUGUGGGUGCGCGAUGGUAGGAGUCUGUUUUAAGUAGAAGUAAAUAGUAUACAUAGCGCUUGACGUGUUUGAAUGAUCGUCGUACCCGUUUCGCGUACACGUUGCGUGAAAACCGGCAAAAGAAAUAUGGCGUUCGCUUUCACGAACGCGGUUGCAGUGAAAGGGGUAGCUACAGGUACGAGCCAGUUUUAUUGUUUUCGACGGGGGCCCACGUUCGCGAAGCUCCUCUAACACAAGUGCGCUCCAUGAUCGGUCAUCGCUGCGGCGUUUGUCUCGUGUAACGCCGAUCGCCGACACGAGUGGCUGGCUCCCGAACGCUGGCCAAUGAGGUAACGCCCUUGCUUAACAGUUUUGUGAAAACAAGCCCAGAUUUAUAGGUUGGAACGCGACGUAGCAGCGUCCCCGUAACUAUUGCGUUGAGUGUUCUUAGCGUAACUAGACGCUAUAUGUUCACGGUUGUGGAUAGGUGGUUGUGACCGAUCCAAACUUGCAGAUAUGCCCCCAAGCCAAAGAUUCAACCACCGGUUUGGGUCGCUGCGUCUUCUGUAUUACUUGACCUCGCGGAAUUGCUAAAAUACCGCGACCACACAUGAAUGUAGAUAAGCCCCGAUAAGCCAGUGCCAGCCUUUAAGGGCCUGACUCUAACGAGCAGUAAUUUAAACGAAGUCAUGAGAGCUCGACCUCUUACCUAGCAGUGCCUAAAAACCUUUCGAGAGCACGUAUACCCGCUAUAUAUGGCACUUUUACGAGAUAUAUUACGGUAAAAGCAUACUUGAAACGCUAGUUGUAAUAUUGUGUUCCUUGCAGAAAGAAGUUCUGAGCGAACUCCGUUGGGCAAACUUGAAUAGCUCGGUGGAGUCAGUUCUCUCUCUCUCUGUAUCAACGUUCCAUGCGACAAGCGGCUCGCUGGUUUCGGCAACAUUCGACGGGACAAAGCAACACACUACACAUGAGGCCACAAAAUGCAGCAGCUGUCCACGCGACUUCCUGCGGAAUGAGAAAUGCUGAUCGAGGCCCUUCGUUGACACUGGCAAAGCUGACGUGAAGGCGAGGACACGGCCCUGCUUUACCCCGCGUCCAGCUUCAUUCGUCGUUUUUACGACAAAUAGCUUGUCGUCCUCUGCUUGGAUGGACGUGUCGUUGACGGCAUGUCGACAGAACUCUGUGCUGUUGGCAUUCAACCAGAACCGAGCCACGGGUUCAUUCUCAACUACCUUGCCGCUUAGAAGAUAAACAGUGACUUCCGCUUGGUCGGGAAGAAAAGCUAAAGAGUUUUAACUGGAAGUACACGCACCUGUUAUUGUUGUGGUUUUACCGGAAUACCGACAUGCAGCACGAAUCAGCUGCGCUGCUGGCUACGCCUUGUCGGAUUGCGUUCAACUAAAACUGGCAGAACUCUUGUUCCGAUGCGCGACUUACUCUGUACUUACCCUGCUUCUCCACCGGCGCAAGGGUCCGCAGCGACGUCAGCCGCCAAACAGUUCAUGCGCCUGUCUGUGCACCAUAAUGGUUUGCUCAUAGGCGCCCCCACACGUGCUUUUGUGUGCGGUCCCUUCUGCCGCGCGAUGCGCACAUUAUGAGCGUGCGUGUAGUUCUCGACUCAUCUCCCCGCUGCACAGACCAUCCGCAUUUCGUACGUGCCUUCUGCAGUGAGCUUUUCGUGUUGUUUUUUUUUUUUCGCGUCUGCGACUGCACUUUGCAUAGUUUCUGUCAUCAUCAUCAUUCGAUCUUUUCUUAUGCAAAUCAUCUGGCUCUGCGUCCGCACCGCAUUGCGGUUGCGCCUCAAUUGGUCGCUUGUGAUGGGAGUAGUAUUCUAGCUAGCGCCGCCCGUCGAACCUCGUUCAGCCUCUUGCAAACAAAGCCAAAGUACGCAGCGCCACGCGUGUCUGUCGCAACUUGUGCUUUUUGUGUGUGUGUGUGUGUGUGUGAACGCUGCGAAAAAGUCAGGAAAGUAAAACAGAAAAAAAAUCAAAGUGGAGGUUAGAUGGUGGCGGGGGAGGGGGCAGGUUCUUUCGUUUCAUCAGGCCGUUUUUCAACCCGGAUGGCGGCUCGCGCAUCGUUUCCUCUGCCGAGUUCCUAGACACACUUCCUCGGAUGCUAUACAUAGCGCCCUACGCACGAGAUGGGGGAACGGACCAGCAGUUGACGUCUCUUCGAGCCCGUGACUGAACGAACGUACGCGCACAACUGCAAAGAUGGCUCUCUGCCAGCUCUGUGUCUCCUUCUGGGCAACGCUUUUUUUUUUCCAUUCGUGCUUUUUUUGGUUUUGUUGCGUCUGAGCUGGAAUGGCGAGCACUGAGGGAAAAAUCGAAAGGAAGCCUUCGGGCGUAUCCCAGUCCCGUUCGGAAGUCUCCUCUAUAUCGUUCGUCUAGGCUGCAUAGGAAAGUGUCCCGAGCUUUUGGCUAUGUAUUCAUUGCUAACGGCGGCCGCACAAUGCAGUGACGGUGGCGGGCAGGAACAGAAACCCUUUACCGCUCUUCCGCACUCUUGUACUCUGCCUAGUGAGACUUGUUCGUACUUACGCACUAUCCGAAGAUCAACCAUGCGGCUUCGUUUGCGGCAGCGUGCAAAGAAAACUAGAGAGUGGACAAGCGAUAAUUUGAAGUCUAAUUUAUUGCAAGCUUGUCGAAAAAAAAAAAAGAAUCACCGCCACAACUGCACAAGUACUGACACGAGUGUCAUCGCUAUAUCGGGCCGUGCAAUAACUAGUAGCAGCAAAGCAGGCGGCCGAAUUAGCAGGAGCGAGUACGAAAACGUCGCGUGUUCUGCUCCCGCGUGACCACCUUCUACGUCAUGACGUCGCCACACGUAUCCCUCCUGGUUUGUUGAAAGGCUAUUAUGAUAGAUUACUUAGGGCGCUUGGAGGCUUUGCCAGUGUUUUCUUCUGGGAUUCGCUGUCGACGUAAGGCACACGUACUGCGUGUGUUUCGGCGACCUCUGUUUAUGCUUACUAAAAAGCAGGGGGUAUGAAAGAAAUUUUUUGCUGACUAAGAGUCACAACAGUGGUGUGCAUAAAAAUUUGCGCGAUAAUCCCCAACAUUGUCAGUAAAUGACUAAUGUGUACUGAUUAACUUAAUAUAUGUAAGGGACCCAUUGUAAUUGCUGAAAUGACAAUGCGUUGCCCUAAACCCGAGAAAUGCAGGCUUAAAAUGUGCAGCGAAGUACAUUUCUCUUCCGGUUAACAUGUUUCCACAUUGAGGAAACAUAAUGGUAAGAAAGCUGUGCGCCAGUAAGUUAAUCGCUAAAGAAAACACUACGCUGUGUAAUAGUAUAUUGAGAGUGUGGAGCGCAUCCCUUGACGAUAGGAAAAGGUCAUCAUUUGGAGAAGUCAAAUAAGUCAAACGCUGACAACGAUAUAGUUGCAGCCUAUACUGAAUGACUUCGACUAUACCAGGAUACGUCACUGCCGUUUUCCUGCAUUUCCCCAUAGGGAUGUAAACGUGACAGGAGGCGUCGUAUUGCAAGACAAGAAUGCAGAAUUGUCAGGCCACUUUCAUCUUCGAUCCCGCUGAGAGCUGAAUAUGGAACUUCUGUGACUUGCUUAUUUCCCUGAACGUGGCUAUCCACUUUUGUGGUUAGCUUACUUUCUUUUUACUACCACUCCUUUAAAGUUCUACACUUAAUACGAUAAUGAUGCAUGGCAUACAGACGCCCAGUGAAUGGUUAGCGACAAUUACAUAACUGCAUCUUAUUUAACACCCGUGCGAUCGCCCAUGGGUUACUGUUGUGCCUGAAAGCCGCAUACAGAGAGUGACGAUACUACUCACUUUCUUGUCUUAUACAACGUAACUAAUUUCGAAGCGGGUGUAACGCAUGCUGUGCGAACUCUUAGCCACUUUUCGGGUGUGCGCUGUUGCAAUGACGUACGGAACUGUUAUUGUUUACUAUGUGUUUUCAGGUUCGUGAUGAAUUUCUCAUUGAGAAAUACCGUGAAGUUAUCACGACUUCUGUCUGCAAAGGAGUAACCUAUAGACGUAAUAUAUCUUACGGAUAAUGCACGUUGUUUUUGUAUGUGUAAUCGCAGAGCGUGUAUGUACUUACAUUUAUGUGCGCUGGCUUUUGUACACAUCGUCGUUGACAAUAUUGUACGCUGUGUCGUUUAGAAGGUUUUAGCAUACCGUUACCACUCUACUGCUGCCGUCGCCGUCUUUCCCUAGACGGCAUUCGAGCAUGCGCGACGCGGGCAGUCGGCUCUUCGCUGAGGCAGUUAUGGUAACCGUAGCCGUAUGCUAAAACGCUGUAAUGGCUAAAACGGCUUUAGUGAAAAUACGCGCUCGAGAGUGUAGCGAAACCGUCGCAUAUGUGCAACGUACUUCAUUGUAUAUCUAGUCAUUGUGCAUUUCGAAGGGGGUCCAAUAAACGUGCAACUCAGUUCCUUUCACCCCGACAGUGUGUACCCUGUCCGCUUCUUGUUUCACUUGUGUAUGAAAUAACUCAGGGAGAACUUUGCCGAAUGCAUUUUACAACAAUAAAGACGUUUCUUACACGAGUG